CCUAGAAAUGCAAGUUAAUAAAGUACUAAUAGAUCUGAAAUGAUGGAAUUGUCUCCUGGAGGACAGCCUGUGGAUAAAAAGCCGAUUUUAACACCUGACGGACUUGUGCAAACGAAUACCACCAAUAGUGCGGCUCCAGAAACAGUUUCUAAUACACCAUCGCCGUCAUCAGGCGCAAACACAAAUUUGACAGCGAUUUUACCUGUCGUAUACGAAAUUAUUCGCUGUGUGGAAAAAGAUCCUCUUGAUAACGCUGCUAAACAACGGGAGUCACAAGAGUGUAGUCAAAAAAUAUUGGAAUUGCAGAAGCGGUUUGAGAUUGCUAGAGUCGAGGUAAAGCAAUUGCCAGGAAUAGACUACAAUAAAGAAGAGCAACUUCAAAGGUUGGAACUGCUACGGAACCAGCUUAAAUUAAAACAACAGCUUAUCCGUAAAUAUAAAGAUACCACGCUUUAAAAUAACAGUAAAAUAUAAGGUGGAACUAAUAUAAAUGCAAAAUGGUAUUUCGAUUCUUGCUACGGUAUUUGGCUAACAAUGAACAGCUAAUACAGCGCAUGGCUGAAAGUUAUCCCAUGCGGCGCGCUGCUCAAAUGGUUGUAUCCAUCAUGUAUCGUACAAAGAAUAUUGCUCAGGAGCGUGGUUUACAUGAGAUGACGCCCCAGCGCUUUAAAUCUUUUAUGGCUCUUUUUAAAAAUAACAUCAAGAAAGAAAUAGAAGGACUAAAGGAUGAAAUAAAGAAAAAACCUUUUUGAAAAGAUUAUUUUGUUGGAUAAUAAAUAUUAAUCUGUAUGAUAAAAACUGUAAAAUAUGAAAUAAGUAUAAUAAGCAGGCCCA